CCUCUCUCGGUGGGCGGAGUCACGGUUGUUGUUUCUUUUUUGGCAACCGAAACUAGCGCUCCAGCUUGGCCGCAACGAGACCGCGACAACGCAACACUAAACAGAAAGCUAAAGGAUUAAAUCAAGAUAAAAACAAUGUCUUCACUCAGCAGCAUGUCCGCGGGGGAACUCAGCGAGCUGCUCGAUGAGUACGGGAUAAAACACGGGCCUGUGGUCGGCUCCACCAGAAGUCUGUAUGAAAGGAAGCUGAAAGAGGCCAUGGCCAAAGACAAGAAGGAGAGAAGAGCGAAACCAUCGCCUGACAAAACUUACUACAGAGAAGAGGAGGAUGAAGUCACUUAUGUUUACAGAACACCUGUGAGGAGUGAAGGUGCUGGAGACAGUGGGACUUACAUGAGGUCAAGACCAGACUGGUCUGAGAGGGAAUAUGAUCAACAGACGUCCUACUCAAGCUACUCGAGCUCAAAGCCUGAAUACAGAGGAAGAGAUCUGGUUGAUGAGCCCUACAUGUACGACACACCCACUUCUUACAAAAACUCUUUGAGAUCAGCUCCCAUGAAGUCCGGGCAAGAUGCCUCGAAAACUCCCAAGUCGUCUCGCCUCAUCCCGCUGUGGGUUCAGUUUGUGUUCUUCUUGGCUGCGGCCGCCUUCCUCUACAUCAUUUUUACCAAUAUGGAGUCAAAUGAACCCUUCAAAGGAAUCAAUUGAUCCUUUUAAUUUCAUGCUCAGUUUAUAUGGGUUUACACUAUCCUUUGUUAUGCAUUUUAAUUCAAGGAAUGUAUUUUGGUGAAUGCCUUUAUUUAAGACAUUGCUAAAAUUGUGGUUGAUGCAAUAUGUGUGUGGUUUAUAAUUGUGGUUAUUUGCUUGCUUUUGCUUAUAUGUAAAAUACACAUGUUAAAGUUUUAGUACUGCUAGGACAGAUGAUGCCACUUUAAAAGGAAGACUUACUCAGAAAUGCACAGAAUUUCAAAACACAAUUUUUUUGUUGAUGUAACAGAACAUAAAUUUUAAAUUUGACAAACCAUUAAGAAUUUAUUUUUUCACCAGAUUUUAAGGAAUUAUUUAUAUUUUCUCAAAAUUGUCUCUCAAAAGAAGAAACAGUCAGGCUUAUGGUGUGUAUUGAUCGAUCUUUACCAAAGGUGCUGCAACAGAUAUAUUUAGCUUCCCAAAGUGUUCAUUUGUCAGUGUUAAAGUAUUUGGUAAAAAGCUUG